AUGUCUUUGAAUUUUGAGAUAAAGAAGAAACAUGUUGCUCGUUCAGAAAGAGUUAAGAGUGUAGAGUUACAUCCUGAAUAUGCAUGGGUAUUAUCAGGAUUAUAUAGCGGAAUUAUAACAAUUCAUGAUUAUUCCAAUUAGGUAUAUGAAUUAUAUAAUUAGACUAUUGUAAAAUAAAUAGAGGUAAAUCAGAAAUAGUAACCUGUUAGAUGCGCAAAGUUUAUAACAAAAAAAUAAUGGAUAGUGGCGGUGAGUGAUGAUCUUCAAUUGAGAGUAUUCAAUUAUAAUACAAAUGAAAAGAUCAAAGUAAAAAGAAGUUAAUAGAUAGGCAUUUGAUGCUCAUACUGAUUAUAUUAGAUGUGUGAUUGUACAUCCAUCUUAGCCAUAUUUAAUAACUAGUUCAGAUGAUAUGACAAUAAAAUUAUGGGACAUUGAUAAUAAUUUUACAUUGAUAAGAAUAUUUGAGGAUCAUGUAAAUUAUGUGAUGAUGGUUGCAUAUAAUCCAAGAGAUCCUAAUACAUUUGCAAGUGCUAGUAUGGAUAAUACAGUAAAGGUGUGGACAAUCCAGAAUAGCAAACCUAAUUUCACACUGACUGGUCAUGAAGGCGGAGUAAAUUGUGUUGAUUUUCAUCAUGGAGAUAAACCUUAUCUGAUAUCAGGGGGGGAUGAUAGAUCCAUUAAGAUAUGGGAUUAUUAAACAAAAUAGUGCAUACAUACCUUAGAAGCACAUCAAUAAAAUAUAUCAUCAGCUAAAUUCCACCCAGAUUUACCACUGAUCAUUUCAAGUAUCUGCAAUUCUAUAUCAUUUUAUAGCUGCUGAAGACGGAGUCAUUAGGUUCUGGCAUUCUAAUACUUACAAACUGGAAACAUCACUCAGUUAUGAUAUGGAAAGAGUUUGGAGUUCGGAUAUAGGGAAGGAUAAUACAAUAGCUUUUGGUUUUGAUGAAGGAACUGUAGUUGUCAAGUUUGGUUAAGAUGAACCAAUUGUUUCUAUGCAGUAAGGUAAAGUUGUCUAUGGUAAAAACUUUGAAUUCUUUACAAUCAAUCUCAAAGCCAUUAAUAAUACAUCAAAUGAUGGUUAGAUUGUAUAGACAAAUCCAAAAGAACUGGGAAUUAGUGAUAUCUAUCCCUGUGGUGUCAGACAUAGCCCAAAUGGUCAUUUAUUUGCAAUUUUUAGUGACUCUGAAUACACUAUAUAUAGAUCACAGAACUUUAAGAAUUCAGGUUUCGGAUCUGGUACAGAUUUAAUUUGGUCAUCAAGUGGGGAUUAUGCUGUCAAGGAAAUAUUUUCUAUCAAACUAUUUAAGAACAAUACUUUGAGUUAUGAAAUGAAAACAGAGUAUUUGGUUGACCAAUUAUUUGCUGGACCUGUGUUGUGUGCUAAAUUUACUGAUUUUAUUGUAUUUUACGAUUGGGAAACAGCUAAAGUUAUCAGAAGAAUUGAUGUCUCCCCUAAUAAAGUGAUUUGGAAUGAGACAAAUACAAUUGUGGCAUUGGCAACAAAUGAUGAAGUGUAUUUCUUAUAAUAUGAUCCAGAGCAAUUACCAAUCUUUUUACAGUAAGAGGAAGAACCUGAUGGAUUCGAAGAUGCCUUCUAACCUUUAUGCGACAUAACUGAAUCUAUCAAUUCUGGCUAUUUCAUCCAAGAUGUCUUCUAUUAUACUACUGUCAAUGGCAAAAUAGCAUACUCUGUUAAUGGAAAGAUCUUCAUUGUCGAUUAGGAUAAAAAGUAUUUCAUUAUUGGUUACAUCCAACAAUAAAAUAAACUAUAUCUCAUUGACAAAAAUUAUAAUAUUAUUAGUUAUGAAGUUAAUAGUAAUGUAGUUGAAUUUCAAACUUAAAUUCUUAAAAAACAGUACCCUAAGGCUGAAGAAAUACUCUAAACAAUUCCACUAUAAUACUACGAUAAAUUAUCUAAAUUUUUAGACACCCUUAAUCUUAAAGAAUGGGCAUAUAAAUUAGUCUAGGACACAGACCAUAAAUUUGAGCUUGCUCUUUAGCUUGCAAUUGUAGAUGAUGCUUUCCAAAUAGCUUAAAAAAGCUAAGACACACUCAAAUUAAGAUAAGUUGGAGAUCUUGCCUUAUAAUAAGGAAAAAUAAAAUUAGCCGCUUAAGCCUUAGAAGAAGCAGAUGAUUUUGGAGGACUCCUAUUAAUUUAUUCCUCAAUAGGAUUGAAAACUCAACUAUUGCAAUUGGGAGAUAAAGCUUUCCAAUAAACAAAAAUGAAUAUUGCAUUCUCUGCCUAUUUCUUAUGUGCCAAUCUUGAUAAAUGUCUUGAAGUUCUUCUCAAAAGUAAUAGACUUCCUGAAGCUGCCUUCUUUGCUAAAACUUAUUGUCCUUCCAAAAUUAGUCCUAUCGUUAAAUUAUGGAAGGAAUCUUUAGCUAAAACUCAUCCAAUCAUAUGUAAAAAUUAAACAAUAAACUUUAGCCUAAAAAAUAGCUGAUCCUUUUGAUUAUCCUACUCAAUUCAACGAUCUAAAAUUAGCCAUUAAAGUCGAAAAAUUCUAUGAAAAUAUUAGAAAAUAGGCUAUUCCAGCUGAUCAAUUUAAAUAGGUAUUCAUUCUCUUGAUAUCAUAGUUUUAAGAAUUCUUGAAUUAAGAUCUAUUUACAUAAUUAUAAAAUAACCCUAAUUUGGAUCUUUCAAAAAUCACUUAUGGAACCGGAUGA